GAGUUGCAAAAAGUGUUACAAUAAGCCAAAAACGGACGGCGCAUUGAUUGCUAAGUACAGUAAUAUUCUUUUUUCUGUCUUUGGCAUUGGCCAUUAUUCUUCUCUCUUUUUGCCAGCUUUAGUUGAAUUUCAAAUUUCAAAGCAGUAUUGAUCCCUCUAUCCUGGGAAAAUUCCUCGGUUCUAAAUGAUGUUCAUCAUUACUUUGUUGUUGUCAAAGUGGCCUUGCUCUGGAUUUCUGCUUCUUUUGGCAUUUCUAUUGUUGAGCACAAGAACAAGUACUAGUUUAGCUUAUGAUAGACGCGAGAUAAUAAAGGCGCGUCAUGGAGCUGUUGCCACUGAUGAUGGACGAUGCUCGACGAUUGGAAGAGACGUUCUACGAGAAGGAGGCCAUGCUGUGGAUGCAACAGUGGCUGCAGCUCUUUGCUUGGGAGUUGUUAGUCCGGCGUCUAGUGGCAUUGGUGGAGGAGCAUUCAUGCUAAUAAGAACAGCAGAUGGAAAGGCUCAAGCCUUUGAUAUGAGAGAAACUGCUCCCAAGAAAGCCUCUGAGAAUAUGUACGCAGGAAAUGCUGGUCUAAAAGCUAGCGGAGUUCUUUCAAUAGGAGUUCCAGGAGAAAUUGCUGGCCUUUACGAAGCGUGGAAGCAAUAUGGAAAGCUUUCAUGGAAAAGGCUUGUGAGGCCAGCUGCACAUCUAGCUCAUAGAGGGUUCAAGAUUUCACCAUAUCUUCACAUGCAAAUGUUCAAAAGCGAAUCAGAUAUUAUGUCGGACAAGGGGCUUCGCGACUUGUUCACAUCAAAUGGCAGCCUUUUGCAGAUAGGAGAUGUAUGUUAUAACAAACAGCUAGCUAAAACACUUAGAGCACUUUCCGCAUAUGGAAUUAGGCCAUUUUACAAUGGAUCAAUUGGGAUUAAAUUGAUCAAAGAUAUAACUAAAUCUGGAGGCAUUUUGACAAUGGAAGACUUGCAGCAGUAUCAAGUUAGAAUAAGAGAACCUAUCACUGCAGAUGUCAUGGGAUUUAAGAUACUUGGUAUGCCACCUCCUUCAGCAGGAGGUGCUGCAAUGGUGCUAGUAAGUAUAUCUCUUUGAUCAUUUCCUUUAGGGUGCAUUUAGUAUGAAAGAAAAUGUU